AUGGGUUCCGGUAUCCAGGUUUCCGGAGACAUGGGAUCCGAUAUCCUGGUUUCCGGUGACCUGGAUUCCCGGUUUAAAACUCCCAGUGCCCCCAAAAGACCGAGACUUUGUCGUCCAAGGACUCUCCUCAGAAAACGAACUAAUCAGAAUGCCGAUGAAUCUAUUCUCCCAAAGUGGGAGGUCUCCCCAAUAAGUAACGAGUCGGGCCCCAUUCUGAUCGGUUCCGAUUCGGAGUCGGAAUUGGCGUGUAUUCCGCUGGAAUUCAGUGAGGAAGACCAGAAAGAAAACCACGUCCAGGAAGAAGACCAGGAGGAGAUCAUCAUUCCUCCAUCCCAGAUGUAAAACCAAUAGAGAAGAAAGAACAAAAUAACCACAAGAUGUCCAACAAGAUAUUUUUUUUUUUUCAUGAAAUUAAAAAAUAGAGAGUAUCCAAUACUAUUUUUUUUCUUUUAUGCAGAAUUACUGAAACUUCUUCAUUGUGUCAUUAAUUAAUGGAAUGAUCUGUAAUAGUCUUUUCCAUUGUGUCGUAGUCAGGUACAAUCCUUUUA